AGUUUUAUCUCGGCCGGUUGCGUUGUGUCUAUUGUGUUUGGGCGUGUUGACUGUUUGAGUAAAUUAAAUGUAAAAAAUAAGAAUAAAAUGACUGGAACGGUGUUAGAAAAUCUCAGUGGACGUAAACUCGCGAUACUAAUAUCAUUUCUACUAGCAUGUCUCGUGAUGUGUUUCUUGAUUGGCGGCUUGGUCGCACCCAUGCCCGCAAAUUCGCAAACUAUUUUAGGAACUGUAUGCAGAGAUAGAUCUAAAGUGAAAAAUGAUACGACAAAAUGGUUCUACAAUCGUGGAAAUGGUAAAUGCGAGACUGUUGACCUUACAGAAGCACAACUGAAUCACGAUUUGUCCGAGACCGACAUUGUUUUUGCGUUUCAAUUGCCACUGCCGCGCGAGGGCAUGAAUAUCGACUAUUCUAGGUGGCAGCAAAACUUGAUUGGGGUGCUUCAAAUGGAUGUAAGGUAUCAUUCAUCAAUGGAGGUAACUAGACAAAGUACUAUAACUAUUGACGCUCGUCUAGCGUAUAAAAACAAAGGAGACCCCGAUGACGCCUGGAAGCUAUACACGCUUUCAAGGGAAAAGCGGCACUUGGACUGUGAUAUAAAUGUCAAAACCGAAGGAUAUUUGUACAAUUGCUCUGCCAUGCCUUUAUUUGAACUUGGUUCCUUAUACCAUGACUUUUAUUUACUUAACAUUCGCCUGCCAGUUGAAACAAAAGAUAUGAAUGCCCAUAUUGGUCACAUACAGGACAUGUGGGUCACUAUUAUAAAUCAAAAUGGAGGUUUUACUAAAGUAUGGCUGUCGUUGAAAACUGUUUUCUUUCCAUGUAUUGUAGGAAUAUUGGUUUGGUUCUGGCAUAGAAUACAUUUAUUGCAAAGAAAACCUGUUCUCUUGGAGGAGAUGUUAUUUGCAUUGGGCAUAGCUCUUUGUGUUCUAGACAUGCCUAUAGAAUAUUUAACACUGGUUUUUGACUUGCCUUUUAUGUUAUUAUUAAGUGACAUUCGUCAAGGAUAUUUUUAUGCAAGCCUAUUUUCAUUUUGGCUUGUUUUUGCUGGAGAACACAUGUUGAUACAAGAAUCAAAAGAUAAAAACAGUGUAAGGAAAUAUUGGCGACAUUUAAGUGCUGUACUUUUGGGUUGUGUCUCACUUUUUGUCUUUGACAUGUGUGAGCGUGGGAUACAACUGAGGAACCCGUUUUAUUCUAUCUGGGUAUCAGAAUUGGGAACUAACUUGGCUCUGACUUUCAUAAUUCUGGCAGGUAUCUCGACUGGAAUGUACUUCCUAUUUUUAAGCUACAUGGUGUGGAAAGUGUUUAUGAAUAUAUCACAGAAACGCCAAUCAUUACCAGCUAUGUGCUCAGUACGCCGAUUGCACUAUGAAGGAAUUGUAUAUCGUUUCAAGUUUUUAAUGCUAGCUACUCUGAUUUGUGCUGCCAUGACUGUUAUUGGAUUUAUACUAGGACAAGUGGCUGAGGGGCAAUGGAAGUGGGAUGACAACAUUGAACUGCAAUAUACCUCAGCGUUUUUCACAGGUGUAUAUGGAAUGUGGAAUAUCUAUAUUUUUGCUUUAUUGGUAUUAUAUGCUCCGAGUCACAAAAAAUGGCCUGUCAAUGAAAAUACAUCUGACACGCAGAAUUUGAGUGAGGAAAUUGAAUUUAACCAUAUGCCAGAAAAGAGUGAAAUAUCUUCCUUCACAUCCUUCAUAACAAAAUCAGCUAUUGAUUAAAUAAUUGUGUAAUCUUUACACACCUUAAAAUAAUUUUAACUAAUAUUUUAAAAUGUAGCAGUAAGAUGUACUUAAUGAAUCUCAUUGUAUUUUUAGAGAUUAAAAUCAGUAUUACUCAAGUUAAAAAUUGUCCAUGUAUGGGAAAAUAGAGAUAACAUUUUUAGAUUAGUCUUAAGUAUAUUUAAAUGCAUUUAUCAUUAACAAGCUAUUUUUAAUAAGCAAAAACCUUUGCUAUAAUGUCUUUAUUUGACCUUGAUUUUUCUAACAAAUUCUAAGACUAAAUUUUUGCCAUUAAUUCUGUGAUAUUGUUCUUUUCUAUGUUGCCAGUAUCAUUUUGUAGCAUGUGAUUAGUAAAUAAAUUAUU